CGUCGCCAGGUUAGAGGAGGACGGGUUACACUGGAGCCUCGCGCUCACAUCCCAUACUGGAUUUACCGGACUCCACCUGUCGCGAGCGCUGUUUAGUUGUUCCCUCUCUCUCUCUGUCCGUGUCGUAACACAGGACCGCACGAGACACACAACAGGAGCGAGACCUGGCCGUUUCUUCUUCCUUUUUCCUUCAAACAAGUCCGCUCGGAACACGGACACGUUAACACAGCUUCGGCUCUGCUCGCCUGCUUGACGUUUUGAUUUCCUUUUUUUUUUUUCUGUCCGUUUACCCGAGGACAGGGGAGGGAACAACAACCAUAAUUCCGGUGGAUGUUUUUUAUCCGCAGUGCCUCAGCCAAGCAGCCAACCGGGGGAGCAGAAUGUCAAGGCAGCACCGGACGCCGUUAAAACUCACCGACAACGUGGUGGAGGUCAAGAGCAAAUUCGAGGCGGAGUACCGCCGCUUCGCCCUGAAGAGGAACGGCCCCGGCGGCUUCCAGGAGUUCUACCGCCUCCUCCAGACCAUCCACCGCAUCCCCGGCGCCGAUGUGAUGCUGGGAUACGCCGACGUCCACGGGGACCUGCUCCCCAUCAACAACAACGACAACUAUCACAAGGCCCUGUCGGCGGCCAACCCGCUGCUCCGCAUCAUCAUCACCAAGAAGGAGGGCGAACCUGUCGUUUUUGCCACCAACUCCCUCCAGAGACGUAAAAAGGGGCUGGGCUUAACCGGACUGCGCACCUCCGUCACAGGCUCCACCCACUCAAGGAGCAGACCGGGGCUCAUGAUUGGCAUGCCGCAGAACUUCCGGCAGAUCUCCUCCAUCAUCGACGUGGACAUCUUACCCGAGACGCACCGGCGCGUGCGGCUCCACAAGCACGGCACCCACAAGCCACUGGGCUUCUACAUCCGUGACGGCGUGAGCGUGCGCGUGACGUCACAGGGAGUGGAGAAGGUCCCAGGGGUGUUCAUAUCUCGCCUGGUACGCGGUGGGCUAGCAGAAAGCACGGGGCUGCUGGGAGUUAAUGACGAGAUCCUCGAAGUCAACGGCAUCGAUGUAGCAGGGAAAUCGUUGGAUCAGGUUACAGACAUGAUGGUUGCAAACAGUCACAACCUCAUUGUGACCGUCAAGCCGGCUAACCAGAGGAACAACGUGGUGCAUCGCGGGACCAAAACCUCAAUGGGCAACUCUGGUUCUGUGGGCUCAGCCGGAUCCAACAACUCCGCCCUGUCACAUGACUCGCCAAGCCCCGCCUCUCAGAGCAACCCCAUCACUGCAAGCAACAGCAUUGCCGAGGGCGACAGUGAUGAUGAUGAUGAUGACGAGGACGACGACGGCGACCUCAUCCUGGAGAACGACUGCCUGGCGCCCUACGACUCCCACCUGGUAACCAACAGCAACAACACUAACCUCAACAGAGACUCGCCCGGCGGGAGGUCGCACAACCCGGGUGCGGCUCGGCCCCUCCCACAGAGCGUCUCGUUGCCCAAUAGCGUCGGAGCGUCCCUGAGUGACAGCUCGACGGCGCUGUCCAAUCACAACGGAAACCCCGCCCACAUGUCUAGUAGCAGUCAAGAGAGCAUGAGAGAGGACGGCAACAUAAUCACACUGUAGCCACGACGACACUGACAGUCGAAACUAUGGGAUGUUGCAUCCGCACAGUGCGGUUACCAGGACAACGACAGAUGGCUGUGCUCCUGCGAGCUUGUCAGCACUAGCUAGUCUCGUGGAUCACAGGUUCCACAAGCUACCGGCAUUACAACACUGACACUGAGGUAAUGUACAGAACAAUAAUUUAUAGUCAACCGAAGGAAAUGAUUUAAAUGCCAUAACGUAUUAGCCGAUCCGCGGAGAGAUUAUUAUUACAAAGCCAUAAGUCAGUUUGAUGUCAACACGGUAUCAUCAAUCAGAAACCUCCCCAUUGACCGGAGGAUAGCCGACUGGUUCACCACAACAAGACACUGAAAGAACCGUACGAAGGGCUCUACUCCCAGUGCAUUAUGGGGAUUUUAAUCAACAAAGUGAAUACUUUUUUGUGCAUUUAAAUUCAAUUGCAAAAUGAAAUAUGUCUGCAUUCAUCUAGAAAGGAAUAUGAGUGGUUCUUCACAGCUGCUGUUUACGGUACGGAAAGUUCAGAUCCCUGCCGACGCCUGAAGGCAUCGGGACACACACAGGUGGAUGAUUCAGGUUUUGGCCAAUCAGAAGUGUUCAGAUUUACGAGAGCAUGUGAUUGGCUGAGAGUGUAUGUAUUAAUCCCUACACCCUCUAAUCUAUCUAUUCCACUUCAGCCGUGUUGCAACAUUUGAAUAUUGCCCAAAAUGUUUUUGAAAUCACAAUGUAUAAAAAUAUAUAAGACAUGAAACUGGUUGAAACCAGUUCAAAAUUAAUAGAUCAGAUUUUUCUAUUCUCUAAAUCAGCUGUCGAACAAUAAUCAGGAUUCAUCUUGUUGGUUUGAUUUUCUUUUUGUGUGUGUGUGUGUGUGUGUAUAUAAAUACAAAUAAAUAAUGUUGCAUAACACA